UCACUGGCCAGGUACGAACCAUACCUCCGUCUCUCCUGCCUUAGUACCUGUCUAGUCGACUCCAGCCUGUCUCCUCUCCUCCCUUCUUCCCUCCUAUCUUGCGUCUGUCUAGCGCACAGUGUCUUCCUGGUCUUGAAGUCAGUCUUGUCAAGACUCCCGGAAGGAGGAGAAGGUGAUCACGGAGUCGCUAUGACGCAUCUUCAAGCAGGAAUUCCUUUCUUCGUAACUCAACUCCAGUCGUCUGCUUCCAGUGCCUGCUUUUAGUUGUAUUUGGCUUGACGUAGAGUUGCAAGUGGUUGUGUUGGUCUGUAGGUCUGGAGACCUGGUACGAAAGGGCCUUAAGAUCUUCACAGAGUGAUAUCAGACCCUGCCAGUCGGACUGGACCAUUCCAAGCAUCAGACCUUAUAGACCACUGCUGUCAGGCUUCUUGCUCUUUCACGGCUCCAGAUUAUUCCAGUUUGUGGCUCCACACACACCAACAAUUCACGGCUCCACACACCAAGUUCGCGCCUCUACACACCAACAGUUCGCGGCUCCAGACACAAGCAGUUCGCGGCUCCAGACACAAGCAGUUCGCGGCUCCAGACACAAGCAGUUCGCGGCUCCAGACACAAGCAGUUCGCGGCUCCAGACACAAGUAGUUCGCGGCUGUAGCAACGUAAUUUAAGGAAGAACGAAACACUAGUCUGACUGUAUUAAAUCCAGCAACUUGUGAUGUAGUGUGAAAAAUACAGACUUCAGGAACUAUUCUGUAUUUGCACCUUACGACGCACUAAACCCUUGUGGGUCAUUCAGCGCUGUGUUCAACCAGUCUCUUGGUGCACCCUGGAAGGACGAGUGGUUGAGUGUGAGGUGGACCUCGACUCACGUCACUAGGAAGACGGAAGCGUUGGCAGACCUGAGAUCCCCGGCCCAAGAAUGACACCCAACUGCGGACGUCAGUGGAGGCAGCAGGAUAAAACACAGUAGGAUACAUACAUAAUACGAGACAAACCCAAAAACUGAAUCCAUUAUUAUUAUUAUUGUAUUCCCUGGUGAGGAUUUAAUCAUUAUGGAUCAUACAGUUUAUGUGUAAUGAGAUUAAAUCCGAUAUAGGUAUAUUUUGUCCAUACACAGACAAUCUAAACACUGUGAGCAUCUCUCAGCUGUUUUGUAACACUGAUAAACUAAGGUCAUCCAAAAUAUCCAGAACUUACCAGGUGGAGGUGGCUGCUCUUCCAGCUCCAGAACUGAAGCUAGCGAUAAACGAACCUAGCAGGAUACUGGUCCAGCAAACUAACGCAGGUAGGAACGAACCCACCAAGAAACGAACCCCACGAGAAACAAACCCACCAAGAAACGAACCCCACGAGAAACGAACCCACCAAGAAACGAACCCCACGAGAAACGAACCCACCAAGACGCAAACUCAGCAAGAAACUAAUCUAGAAGAAAACAACCUCAGUAGGAAACAGAACGAGCAAGAGACAAAUUAGUCCCCCGAAGCAAAAUUUCAGAAUCAGACUCAAUGAGCCGGAACACGAAACAUAAAUGUGUGAAUAACUCGCAGUGAAGAACCAGCAGUGAAGAACCAGCAGUGAAGAACCAGCAGUGAAGAACCAAUGGUGGAAUCAACCAGGCAGAGGAUUAAUCAGAAAGAUAUUUAACCAGGAAGGGCCUGAACCAAGGAAAACAUAGAACUUGCUGAAGGAAGAACCGGUGAGAGAUACAGCCGUUGAGAGAGGCGAGAAGACGGAACGAGUAGGUAUCUAUACAGCUCAUGUCUUCAGUUGCCUUAUAAAUCCCAACAAGAAAAAUAGGAAGGAGAUAGGACAGACCCGAGGGGACGUGACAUCAGGAGAGGACAUGCAUAUGGCAGUGUAUAAUUAAUGUUGGUGGUUGACUAUUGUGAUGAAUAAAGGGAUUCUCAGUAUCUACCGAGUUACUGCAUUCAAUGGAUGAAUGGAUGGGUGUGUUUCGGAGGGUAAUGACGAGGAACUGGUGCGAUUAAUACCACUGAUGAGAUGAAGCAGAAAGUCGCUAGGAAGACAAAGGUGAAGCAACUACAUUGGUAGAUUAACCAGACUAUUACUAUGAAAGAAGAGUGGAUGCGUGAGUAUUGCAUUCUUUGAGGCUUCGAAACUCCAUUGCAUGAAAUACUACAGUAAAUUUAGUUUGUCUUUUAUUAAGGAGAGCGUCUCUCUGUAGCAGCUCCUGAAGCCCGUGACUUAUGCUUCUUUAUCGUCGACAGAUGAUCAGAGAUGCCUGGGAACGAGGGGCUGUAGAGCGACCACAGUUACCCCAUGUCUUUCCUUAAGUACCUGUGGCAAAGGUAAAGACGAGUGGGUUCGAUGUAUGAGACUGGAGGUAGAGAGAGCGUGCAAGUGUUGCUGAGAGGACGGGAGUCUUCCUUCAAGAUGCAGGAACCUGCCAUCACACCUCUCCCGUACCUCACUACCAGAAACACUAACACUAUGCACAACAAGGCUCUUGUUUCUGGUGCCAUGGCACAGAGGACAGAGGCGGGUGGUAAUGCCACCAUGGGUAUGGUGGGAAGAAACAAGCCAGUCCAAAAUCAUUACACCAUCGGUGGCAGUGCAACACACCACACACCUGCCACCACUGACAACCAUCAACCUGAAGGUGCUGGCCUCGGGAAUACUGGAUGUGUAGUGUCUUCUGUGGGCGUCGGGGGUUACAACGCCCUCAACAGCGACGCCAACAUGGGCGGCGGUGAUGACUUAACAUCACUCACAUGGCUACACUCCCUAGAUAUGGGCGGCAUGGUGCCACACCUUGCAACACCACCCACGCCCCCAGCCUCACCACAGCCAAACAACCCUCUAGCCUCAACACAAGCAUCACACACACACACAACUGACAGGAAACGGAAGACGGAGGCUCAGGAGAAGUUAGAUAGAAUAGACUACUCACAAGACGGUAGCGUCAAGCCUCCGUACAGUUACGCUGCUCUGAUAGGUAUGGCCAUGAAGGAGAACCAGAAUAAGAUGACUCUCUCAGCCAUCUACAAGUGGAUCAAGGAAAACUUUGCUUUCUACAAGACUGCUGACCCAUCAUGGCAGAACUCCAUCCGCCACAACCUCUCCCUCAACAAGUGCUUCCUCAAGGUGCCUCGGAAUAAAGAUGAACCUGGUAAAGGCGGCUUCUGGAGACUCGAUCCCGAGUAUGCAGAGUCUCUCGUGGAUGGAGUGUUUAAGAAGCGUCGUCCAGCUCGACCUACACUUCCUCCUCCCUCAAAAUCCAAGAAGAACAGGCGAUUACCCACUCAGAACCAGCAACAAGUGUUAACGCAACCACUGGGUAUAAAAGUUGUAGUUCAGCCAGCACAGGCAGCGUUCAUGCCGCCCCCCACCAAUAAACCUCCUCCACGCCCUAACCUGCACUUUAACCCUGAAGGUGUCGAAGUGGAAGAAGAAUUGGUGUGGUCCACACUACUUGGGGAGGAAGUCCACGAUGACUCCUGGCCAUGUAGAGCCCAAGAAUUAGUGACGGAUCUUGGUCAGACUGGUGAUCCAUCUACCUACCCCACCACAAUAACAACCAACACUUCUACGCAACAUCAUCACCAGCACCACCAUCACCAAAAUCUCCAUGAUCAUCAUCUUCACCCAUGUGACCAUCAAAGUCCUCAUCACCAUCAGAUUGUCACCAUCACCACCUCCACCAACACACCUCCAACAUUACCAUCACUGGAACUCAGUCCCGCAUCACUUGGGGUAGAGGAGGACCUUUUCACCAGUCCCGAAUAUUCUGAGGCAUCUAAUGAUGAUGCAGAGUCUCUAACUUCUUCCCUUGACAUCAACAAUAGUGGAAAUUGGAACAAAGGAGGGUAUGGAGAGCUUCCGUCCAUGAACACAUUUUGCAGUAGUUUAACACAGCUUACACCCCUGGAACCAUCUGCUGCACCAGUGUUAGUGCAAGAUGCUCACGCAUGCUGGGGUUCUGACUCAGGAUGGGAUGAAGCCAAGACUUUAUCCUUGCUUGAUGCUAAUCUUGACUUAGAUAACCUUAUAGACUUGGAUGGUUUGUAAAAUAGCCAAAUGUGUUUAGUUAUGCUGAAAACUGGAUAAAACUAUGAAUAUAGUGUAUAGAAGGUUAGAAUAACUGUAUUGUCAGCAAAGUGAGCACUAGUUACAGUAUAACAUUUUAACUGUUUAUGUAAAGUGAGCACCUGAACUUAUGAAUUUAAAAUCAGGUAACUUGGAUUAAACUUAUAGAAUGCUUUUAUAGUAAAGUUCCUGAUAAGUUUUGUAAGUUAGUCCUUUUAAUUUUGCAGAAAGUUUUACAAAAUCAGCAAUUCUUUACUCGUUCUUAACUCACCAGGACUCAUCAGAACUAGUCAGAACAAUCUAGUCAUAUCCUUAUUCUUGACUGUGUUCAAAGUGGAAUUAUCUUGAAGAUACAAAGUAAGAAUCCCUCUUAUACAUUCAUACAUUACAUUGUGUAUACUGGUUAUAAUAAUCUCCUUGUAUUAUUAUAAUAUUCGAGGGGGGAAUGCUAAGCUCUUAGCAUUCAUACAGCACCUAGAUAAUGGGAAUUAAUCAGGUUAGAUCCAAGGAUAGCUCCAAUUUCUUGAGUCAAGAGCCCUUCACCAGAAUGAAGGCACACCUUCUGAAGGGUCAUUGUGUAAAGUGUGCCGAGUGAAUGAGAGCCCAAGGUGUUACUCCACCUUGGGUGUUCUUGGGAAGUCCUGAAUUCGUCGUGCCAUAGCCUGAGCAUUAAGGAGAAUGUUCAUAGUUCUCUUGAGCUUGAAAUAAUACUGCUAAUAAAAUGCACAAAGCAAAUAACUUUAGCACUCACGGUACUUUUAAAAUAAACUGUUUGCGUUCCACAUAAGCUAUAACACUUGGUCCAAAUGUUGAUAGGAAUAAUAUAAAGAGAAUUCUCUUGACCAAAAUGUGACAAUAAACAAAACAGUUCCUGUAUGCAUUCUUAUACGGUAACAUGUAAACGAAAAAGAAUUCUUCUAAAUUAAUUUAGUUAAAUACUUAAAACUAGUUUGAUAAGUGUCUUUUGCGCCAUGUUUGUGAAUGUAUAUAGUCGUGUUUGCUAUGGCAUUUACCCUAUACUUAAUCUAGUCACCUAUCAAAUUAUUUUAUCUUUUGAAAAUUAGAGCAUACUGUACUGUACUUCAUUAUAUACAGUACAGUACACGUACUUCUAAGGCCAUAGAUGUCAUAUAGUUUGUGUAACUUCUCGUAAAAUUAACAUUUUAGUGUUAUUGUCCAACUUGCCGUCCCAUGCUGUGAGGCGCCCAGACCCUGCACUCCGUCCAGUCUAUAUCCAUCCAGGUCCGACAAGAGAACCCUACUCUCCGUCCCUCGGUUCCUGGAAAGUGUGCUUGUGAGUUUGUCUGUGUCUGAACUGUACUGCUUCCAUGAGACUGCCCUCUGAGUGAACAUCUUUGUUUGAGAGCCUUCUUAAUGAAGGCAAUUUGAGAGAAAGCUUUCUUUUGAAUGUGACUCCUUCUAAGCAUAUACCUUGGGAAUAUCUACCAAAUUAUGAACACUUUCAUUAAAGAAGAGUGGCAGCUCUCACACUGAAGGUAUGAACUAUGUGUAGUAUUCCUCUACAUUAAUUAUGUAUACGGACUAUGUACGUUUAUAUAGGAACUGGAACGUCUUGUAUGGUACAAUAAUUUACUCUUAUUUUUUACCAUGAAUAAUAAUAAUAAUAAUAAUAAUAAUAACAUGUAUAGUCCCUUUAUAUAAAGGGAAAGGGGACAAAAGAGACUGUAAAAAUUAUAGAGGAAUAAGCUUAUUGAGUAUACCAGGAAAAGUGUAUGGUAGGGUUAUAAUUGAAAGAAUUAGAGGUAAGACAGAAUGUAGGAUUGUGGAUGAGCAAGGAGGUUUCAGAGUGGGUAGGGGAUGUGUAGAUCAAGUGUUUACAUUGAAGCAUAUAUGUGAACAGUAUUUAGAUAAAGGUAGGGAAGUUUUUAUUGCAUUUAUGGAUUUAGAAAAGGCAUAUGAUAGAGUGGAUAGAGGAGCAAUGUGGCAGAUGUUGCAAGUAUAUGGAAUAGGUGGUAAGUUAUUAAAUGCUGUAAAGAGUUUUUAUGAGGAUAGUGAGGCUCAGGUUAGGGUGUGUGUAGAAGAGAGGGAGACUACUUCCCGGUAAAAGUAGGUCUUAGACAGGGAUGUGUAAUGUCACCAUGGUUGUUUAAUAUAUUUAUAGAUGGGGUUGUAAAGGAAGUAAAUGCUAGGGUGUUCGGGAGAGGGGUGGGAUUAAAUUUUGGGGAAUCAAAUUCAAAAUGGGAAUUGACACAGUUACUUUUUGCUGAUGAUACUGUGCUUAUGGGAGAUUCUAAAGAAAAAUUGCAAAGGUUAGUGGAUGAGUUUGGGAAUGUGUGUAAAGGUAGAAAGUUGAAAGUGAACAUAGAAAAGAGUAAGGUGAUGAGGGUGUCAAAUGAUUUAGAUAAAGAAAAAUUGGAUAUCAAAUUGGGGAGGAGGAGUAUGGAAGAAGUGAAUGUUUUCAGAUACUUGGGAGUUGACGUGUCGGCGGAUGGAUUUAUG